AUGUCAGCAGUAUCACUAUCAGUACCAGGGUGUUACAAAGUUCCAGCUAAACCCGCGAGAUGGGUAUUUGCGAUGAGGCCAUUGGUCAGUGACUAUCCGGCCGAAGUGAUGAAACAUUUGUUUACGGAACAAGAGUAUGCAGCGGUGAUCAAGAGUUACAAUAGAAUCAUUAGUAAUCAUCAAUACCUUAUCCCUGGAUUCGUACUUUUCAUGAUUUGUGUGGCACUGUUUGUAGUCACCUUUGCCAUUGACAAUGUCAAUAAAACAGUACUCUACAUUCUCAUUGGUAUAGCUGGGUUCCUCGUACUAGUCAUUUUAGUUCUUGUCUUUCAUAGACGUGAAAAUGCAUACCAAUUAUUAAAAAAACAUGAUAAAUCUUUUAAUGAUCAAGAUUCAGUAAAAGCAAAAGGAAUAUCAUUAGAAACUCAUAAACGUUUAAAGGAUCAUAGAAUCUAUUAUGUUCUUCAUAUUAAAUAUCCAAUGGAAGCUGUAUUAAAACAAUCACAAGAUUUUGCUCAACCUCAACCUCAUCAUCAACAUGGAUCUCAACCUUCAUCAUCAACAUCAUCAUUACAACCAAUCAUUUUAGAUUCUUCUUCUUCACAACAACAAAAUAUCAUUCAUUCAAGUCAAUCUUUAGAACCUUUAAAUAUGAGUACAAUGAUGGAAAUAGAAAUGGAUACCAAAUAA